AUGGCUACCCCCCAGUCCGAGAAACCGAUGCGCCAGCAAGUCGAGGACUACAUCUCGGCUCUCCAGGAUGAGAUCGUGCUCGCUCUCGAGUCGCUCGACCCUUCGGCUCCUAAGUUCAAGCGCGACGCCUGGGUGCGCCCCCAGGGCGGGCGGGGCGUGUCGUGCGUGUUCGCCAAGGCGGGCGUGAACAUCUCGAUCAUGCGCGCGGACCACGGCAGCCUGAAGGACCUCGACGUCGACGGGAAGGGCGCGCUGCCCUUCUUCGCCGCGGGCAUCAGCCUCGUCAUCCACCCCCGCAACCCGCACGCGCCCACCGUGCACGCGAACUACCGCUACUUCGAGAUCGCGGACAAGAUCGAGCAGGCAGAGCCGUCAGAGGCCCCCUCUGAGCCCGCGAGCACACAGGCGCCGCAGGGCAAACCCCUCGCGUGGUGGUUCGGCGGCGGGUCCGACCUCACGCCGUCGUACCUCUACCCUGCGGACGCGGUGCACUUCCACGCGACUCUCCGCGACGCGGCCGCACCGCACGGCGCCGCGCUCUACCCCGUGUUCAAGAAGUGGUGCGACGAAUACUUCUACCUCCCGCACCGCGGCGAGUCGCGCGGGAUCGGCGGCAUCUUCUUCGACGACCUCUGCGACGAGGACCACAAGACGUUCAGCGCGUUCGGCGAGGUGGGCGGCGCGCCGGCGGACGAGGGCAGGCCGAGGAGCCCAGAGGCAAUCCUGAAGAUGGUGAAGAAUCUGGGGAACGCGUUCGUCCCGAGCUACAUCCCUAUCCUGAAGCUGCGCUCGAGCACGCCGUACACCGCGGAGGAGCGACGGUGGCAGCUCCUCCGACGCGGCCGUUACGUCGAGUUCAACCUCGUGUAUGAUCGCGGCACACGCUUCGGUCUGUUGACACCGGGAGCGCGCAUUGAGAGCGUGCUCAUGAGUUUACCGGAGGAAGCGCGGUGGGAAUACAUGACCGACAUGGGCGAGCCUGGGACGCGGGAGGGCGAGGUGUUGGAGGUGCUGAAGACACCAAAAGCGUGGGUCCAGUAG